AUCCAGGGUGACGGAAGGCUGGAGCUGGAGGCUGGGCGGUGUGCGAGGUGGGAAGGAACGGAGUGAGCGGCACCCCUUCCUUAGGAGGGUGUUUCUGUAGUGCACGUGGUCUGGUGAUGCAAAGUCAAACCCAGGAGAAAGGUCACCUCUGACCUGUUUCAGAACUCUGUCAGGUCCCAGAGAAGAGGACAGAGGGGACUGCACUCUCCCCAGCCAGCACUCUUUAGGGUAGAGGACAAGGAGUUCUGGUCCAAAGCAGAGGGUGACAAGAGCUGCUCUGUCUUUGAAUCCACCAUGUAACAGAUGGAGCAUGCACUGCUGUACACCUUCCUGGAGGCAUCCUCUGACUGUAAGUUCAAAGAGCAGCUGCGGUCCCUGGAGCCUUUGUCUGACCAAGGGGGGAUUGCGCCUCGUCGCCAAGGGGGGAGGAUUGUGCGUUACCGAGGAGGAGGCUUUGACGAUGAGUCUGAACUCCAGUGUGACGGCAAUCGCAGCGGCCACCUGCAGAACGGUGAGCUAGAGACUGACGCUCCGGCAGACGAAGACGUUAUCCGGAUCAUUGCUGCUCAGCUCGCUGAGAUUGGAGACAAGCUUGACAAAGAUGUCCAAGGAAAUGUAGUAAAUGAUCUAGUGCAGCACUUUCUGAAUGAGAAUCUCUCCAGAGAGGAGAUAACGCGGCACAUGUCAAGGGUAGUGAGAGAGCUUGCACAAGCCAUCCCCUCAGACAUGGAACAGGAGAGGGUCAUGUUGGUGCUAGCGAUGGUCUUGACUAAGAAAAUUGUGAAUACAGUGCCCUCCCUUCUACGCCGUGUCUUCAGCAUCACUGUGACCUUCAUGAACGAGCAGUUCCACAACUACAUUGAUGAAAUGCUUGGUGAGUGAGCUCUCCUGCCCUCCACGUGGAGAACACGGAUCCUAGAAGGUUUAACUUUUCUUGGUGUUUGAAGACUUGCUUUUUAACUUCUGAGAUACUGUGGAAGUGUCUCAAUAUCUCCCACAGCUGUGAAAAGGAUGGCAGAGCUCCAUAGAUAGGCUUUUGUAGACUAGCA